UCCCUCCUCCUCCUCCUCUUCUCACUUCAUCCUGCCUCGACUCGCCUCGACACCUCCGGAGCUCACUUGCUGUGUUUUCAAAGAUCUGUCUCUGCCAUGACCGAUUAUACAGCAGUUGUUCAUGCAAUUUUGCAGGAGUCGCCUACUGCCAGGAAGAACCUCACAGACAACCAGAGCAAUCUCCUGAGAGUCGCUGACUACUGCGAGGACAACUUCCUGAAGGCGGAUGAUCAGACCAGGGCGGUGGAGGAGGCCAAGGCUCUGGCCAUCCAGUCUCUGGCCUCGGUCACCUACCAGAUCAACAGUGUGGCCAGCAGCCUGCUGAAACUGCUGGACGCUCAGACCAUGCAGAUCAGUCAGCUGGAGUCUUCAGUCAACCUGCUGACCCUGGCCGCAGCGAUCCACUAUGAGAAAGUGGCUCGGCGGGAGAUUGGCAGUUUCACUACUCCAAAAACCAAAAGCCGCUCCAGACUUCUGGCAGCGCCAGCCUCAGGGAAGGAGCCAGAGAGGAGCUACACCCGAGUCCCCAUAUCGUACUCUAGCCUGGACUCCGUUGGACAUUGUUUUCAGACGUCCUCACAGCCAGCCACAAACAGAAGUGAGAGCUCGGAUGCCACGGUGACUGUCACUGAGCAUGUGGUCUCCAGUUUUGGAAUUGCGGUGCCGCUGCCCUCAGUCCCCUCGCUCACCUCCGAUGACAGCGUCCUCCCACCUCCCCCUCCUGAUGCUUCCGACCAAGCCUUCGCUGGUGCUCCUCCUCCACCUCCUCCUCCAUCCAUGAUUUCUCCUUCCGGUCUACCUCCACCUCCCCCUCUCAUGUCAGGAGCAGCCGCUCCUCCCCCACCUCCUCCUCCAUCCAUGAUUUCUCCUUCCAGUCUGCCUCCACCUCCCCCUCUCAUGUCAGGAGCAGCCGCUCCUCCCCCACCUCCUCCCUCCUUCUCUGGUCUGGGAGCAGCAGAGGUCCCCCUUCCACCUCCUCCUCCACCUGGACUAUCACCAGCACCUACUCCCCCUCCACCUCCUCUUCCAUUAGGAGGUGCCUCCAUCCCGCCACCUCCUCCUUUGGGACUGGGAUCAGCUGAUUUUUCAGCUCCUCCACCACCACCUGCGGCGGGUUCCGCAUUUCCCCCACUAGGAGGCGACCUCCCACCUCCUCCACCACCACCUCCCACCGGCCCCUCUAAUAGUGCACCUCCUCCUCCUCCUCCUCCACCUCCACCACCACCUUUCUAGUAAACAGCACAUUGCAAUCCAGGGUUUCUGCCCGUGAGAACCCUUAUAAAAAGAAGCACAAGCAAUAUAGAAGCAAUGAAGCUGAGGGAAAGGUCUUGACAUUUACUGAAUUGGUGACAAUAAAAAUGUUUUAAUCAUGAUAGUAAAUCUCUCUCCAGUCAGAGUGCUGUCUCUUCCUAUGUCUGCGACUUGAGUUCUGCGAGUAAAGGACUUCAGUCAUUGUGAUGUUUCUUUGAGGAUUUGUCAGUGAAAAACACGCCGAAAACCAUCAUGAUCGUGUGUUAUGUGUUAGCCACUUGAUUCGAUGUUUCCACUUUGUCUUAAUGUGUUUGAUCGCGAGUGAUUUCAUCUUCAAAAAGAGAUAAUUUCUCUGAUGGCAUGGCUGCUCUCAUUAAAGCCGUGGUGCUGCUCCCAUGCUCAUCUACAUGUAGUGGAAACCCCGCAAAUAGUGAUGGGUCCAUGAGGCUCCAUGACACAGUUUUGAAGGGUUGUUGAGGUUUCGUGGCUCGGUGUCCAGAUUUUCUGAUUUUUCUCAGCUGUAAAAUGCUUAGACUAAGUCAAUGAAACCUCACAUCAUUUCUAAACUGAGAGCGCCAUCUAGUGGCCUCUGAAAAUUAGGCCGCUGUUUCGUCCACCCUGCAAUACUGUUUCAUGAUACCUCAUCUACCCAUCACUACCUGCAAUAAUCUGAAGAGGCAUCUGACCCAAGAGCAUAUGUUAAAAUAUUUUUUUGCUCUGCUCUUAUACUCAGUUUGUUAUUUUUUUUGUCCAAAAUGAAAUAUUUUCGUUAUCGUAAUGCGUAUUUGACAGACAAAAUAUUCAACAUGAUCUGACACAGAUCAAUAAAUAGUCUUGUGAAAUCACACCCGUUCAAUGAGAGGGAUGUGGAAUAUCCAGCGUCGACCUGAAAAUCGAUAAAUACAUGUCAAUUCAAUAAUGAUUAAAUUAUUGUUGUCAAAUUUCAGUGUUUCAUUUCUUAUUUUGUUGUCAGCUGUGAGAGAUAAAUGAUGAAUAUGAAAGAUAAACCAUGAAU